UCGAGCAGAGUGUAGUAGAACGAAACAGUGCGGGUGUGUCAUUGGGAUUUUUCUCUGGGCGAAUGUAAGGAUUUAGGAUUUCUUCUGGAAGCCUGUCAACGUAUCCAUGCCUGUGUCUGUGCACCCACCCUGGUGUGAUGAUUUAAGGGACACACAGGAGCUACUUGGCUCUGUCGGCGGGUACAGCUGAGUAAGCUGUGACAAAAAAUGAACAAACUGAACUUUCACAACAAUAAAACGAUGCAGGACCGCCGUUGUGUGUGUGUAUUUCUCCCCAACGAUGACACACUGAACAUUGUUGUCAAUGUGAAGGUACUAUGUCAGGAGCUGCUUAUAAAGGUGUGCGAUCUUCUCCGACUCAAAGACUGCCAUCUUUUUGGACUCAGUGUCAUCCAGAAUAAUGAACACAUUUACAUGGAGCUAGGCCAAAAAUUGUCUAAGUACUGUCCUAAGGAAUGGAAAAGAGAAUCCAGCAAGGGCAUUGACCAAUUUGGACCUCCAAUGAUUGUUCACUUCAGGGUCCAGUAUUAUGUAGAAAAUGGCCGGUUAAUAAGUGACCGAACUGCUCGCUACUAUUACUACUGGCACCUAAGAAAACAAGUCUUACUGUCCCAGUGUGUCCAACGUGAAGAAGCCUACUUUCUGCUGGCAGCUUUUGCUCUGCAGGCUGAUCUAGGAAACUUUAAACGGAACAAACACUUUUGGAAGUACUUUGAACCAGAGGCCUACUUCCCCCCCUGGGUUAUUGCCAAAAGGGGACGAGAUUACAUUCUGCGCCAUAUUCCCAACAUGCACAAGGAUCAGUAUGCAAUGACGGCUUCAGAAGCGCACCUGAAGUACAUCAAGGAGUCUGCCCAGCUUGAUGAUGUGGCCGUGCAUUACUACCGUCUUUAUAAGGAUAAAAAAGAAGCAGAUGCAUCUUUGACACUUGGCCUGACACUGCGAGGCAUCCAGAUCUUUCAGAAUACCACUGAUGUGAGGCAGCUGCUUUAUGACUUCCCUUGGACCAAUGUGGGAAAGCUGGUGUUUGUGGGAAAGAAGUUUGAAAUCCUUCCAGAUGGGCUGCCUUCGGCCCGUAAGCUCAUCUACUACACAGGUUGCCCACUUCGUUCCCGUCACCUUUUACAGCUCCUGAGCAAUAGUCAUCGCUUGUUUAUGAACUUACAGCCUGUCCUGAGACAAGUGCGCAAGCUGGAGCAGAGUGAAGAGAAGAAGCAGUAUCGUGAGUCGUACAUUACCGAUGCUCUGGAACUGGACAUGGAGCACCUGGAGAAGCACUCUCGGGCGAGUGGCAGUAGCGCUGGCAGUGGCUCCCGCCAUAAGCGUCUUUCUCGUAAUUCCACGACCAGCCACAGCAGCUCUCACACUUCUGGCAUAGAAACAGAUAGCUUUCGCACGGCUAGUCAAGCCCCUCAUCUCCCACUGCGCACCUGCUCCAGUUCCACAGCCAGCCAUGGUAGCUCUCACACUUCGGGUGUUGAGAGUGGAGACAAGGAGCGACUGGAUGAUGAUGAAGAGAUCGAGAUGUUGGUUGAUGACCCAAAGGAUUAUGAAGUACUCCAUGAACUUGCCCUGGAAGUUAGUCCUGAUUUGUGCAUUCAUAUCACUGAGGACAUGCUGACUUCCGACCAAGUCAAUGGCUACUCAGGUCUGAUUGUCAAGGAGGUCAGUUCUUCCACAUCCAGUUCCUCAGAGACGGUUGUGAAACUGCGUGGGCAGAGCAUUGAUUCUCUGCCACAGACAGUAUCCCGGAAGCCUCGAUCAUCAACAGACCGGCACAGCCAGAGUCUAGACGACAUUCGACUGUACCAGAAAGAGUGUCUUCACUGGACUGAACUCUGCCAAGAAACGGCACAGAGCUACACAUUUGGCUGUGUCCAGGACCUUAGUGAUGUGGGCUACCACAGUCUGGCAGAGCAGUGUGUGGGCAUCAAGGAUGCCGCUAACUUCCCAAUCAAGAGGACCAGCAAGUACUUCUCUCUGGAUCUAACAGACGAGGUCCCAGAGUUUGUUGUCUGAUCUGGUUGUGGAUAUCAUGACGUUUUCCUAUCUGCAAACUGCUCUUCCAGGAGCUAUGAGGUCAGGAGGCUGGAUAGACUGCUUGACUUCUUGGAUACUGGACAGUAGGAAUUCUGGGCUAGAGUGGAGAAAUACAAGAUUUUUUUUCAGUUAAGCUCUAAGUCUCUUUUGGAGGAGACAUCUCCUAAAUGGCAGAAACAUGUGUGAACAGAUACAGAAGGUUGAUGGAAAUUAAGCCAUUCAAACUAUCAUCAGGGCAAACCAUAUUCCCAGUAUGUCCAAGCAUUGUGGGUAAUUUUCUACUGAGGUCACUUUUGGGUCAAUUAUUGGCAGUGCAGUGUCAAUUUACAGGGAAAAAACAAUAAUUUUAGGAGGACAAUGAAGGCCAUAUUCAAUGCUCAUUAUCACUCUUUUUGGCAAACCCUGUCUAGAUGGCUUUCUAGUCUGUUCACAAUAGAGGACACAUAGAUGAAUGUGUCUUCUUGAUGCAUCUAGCAACACUUAUACAAUUCUGGGUGAAGAUGGCAAUUAAUUGGAAAUGCAUGGAUUCAGCCUUUGGUCCUGUCACCUGUAAGCCAUCUGCCUCUCCGUCUUCUGAAGUCGCUCCUUAAUCAGCUGUAUAUUGGCUCCAGUUGCUUUUUUUUAUAUAGACAAAUAUAUCUCAACACUUCUUAAUUGGCUGUCAACCUCCGAUACAUCAUGAUCAUGUCCACACACUAAAAGAUGAAACCAAAGAUUUCAAACUAAACCCACAGAUGCACUCAUGAGCCCGAAACUUCUCCUGGCAUUCUGGGACACUCGGAGCAAGCGCUAUUUGAUUUUCCUUUUUUAUUGAUUCUCUUUCCCAUCUGCUAAGUGCCCACCAGCUACCAGACUCCCCCCUCAUGCCCUUGUACAUGAAGCACUUUUAAUGGCUUUGAAAGAGAGGGGGAGACAUCUUUAUUCAGGACAUGCACAGUGCCAAUCACUCUCCCUCCGUGAACUCGCGUGGAACAAAAAAAGUCCUUAACACCCCGUGCCUUUUUUUAUGUUGUAGCUCCCUGUACACAUGUUCAUGAAAUGACAAUCACCCCCUUGUGCAUUCAAAUACAAUAAAAAAAAAAAAAAUCAAACUCCCCGUGAUAGAAAGGACUGCUGGAGUUUUCAGUUCCCUGCAGGACCUUCUAUUUCUAAAAUGCUGCUAAUUACGCAUAGAUUUGAGCAUUUUCACUGUAAUUGGUGGGAUUCCCUUAUAGGACGCAGUGAACUUUUCUUCCCUGGCUUUUGAAAUAUAUUGUUGCUGGUAUGUUCAUGUUUUUUUUUUCCUCCUUUAAUAAUGUGUUAUGCAUCUUUUUUUGUAGAACAUCUGCUCCAAAACCCCUCUUUUCUCCCUUCAUACACUUAGAACCCUCACACCACUCUGUGUUUCUCCUACAGUGUCCCCUAGGCCUUCUUAAGUGCCUUUUUUUAAUUUUAGAACUAUUUUGCCACUAUCCCAAAUGUUUUACUCCUUAUAUUCCCAAUCAUUGGACCUCUCAUAAUAGGAAUAACCCUUCUCAGUCAUACUUGUCCCGAAAUCUCGGAGGUAGGAAAACUUUGUAGUAUUUGCAUUUUGGUAAGUUAAACUUUUUUUUUCUUUAACUGGAAAAAUUUUAUACAGUUUUCCUUUUUUAUGAAUAUAACUAAGAACAUAUCUUUGUAUUUUUGUAUAAAUGUUAUGUUUUUUUUUUUUGAUGCAAUUCUGUGAUGAAGUGUGUCGGAGUCAGAGCGGGUCAGUCUAUCAGUAUUAGUCAGUUGUUAGCCAGGCAGUUGUGGGGCCGAGUGGCUUUACUGGCUUUACUGGAGCCCUGGACAGGAGAAAUUUGCACAAUGUACAGUUCAGAGAUUGGGCUGUGUAAGCAUAACUCCCCAUUGCGAGGGAUCAAUGAUGAAGCUGUUCUUCUCUGUGCCUUUACUGUAAAUGAUAUUCUUUUUGUCUUCCUGAACAACCAGCUCUCAAUCGCCUGGAUCUUCAUACUAAUAAUUAGUUAGAUUGGUGGUCUGUCUUGGCAAGAAUUCAGUAGUUUUUCCAAGCUUCACCCCCUGCCUAUGUUCCCACCCCACCACCUUGGGUGUUCGAAACUAAACCUCAUCUCUGAUGCAGAUUCUCCAGGUAGUCACUAGAAAACAAGACCUCCUUAUAUGGGGGUUCAUCUGAUGUGCUGUAGAAAAGAAAGCAAUGGAGAGUCCUCUGAUCAGCAGGGCCAAUUUCUGCUAAUAAUCACCUCAAGCAAGGAAAAAUCUUGGAGCAGGCGCCCGUUACAAUUAGCUUUACAAAGUAAGGUUCUCACUGGUUUGAUUGGUUCCUGCCUUGUGCCCUGUGUUAGCUGGGAUUAGCUCCAGCAGACCCCCGUGACCCUGUAUUUGGAUUCAGCGGGUUGGAAAAUGGAUGGAUGGAAGUAAGGUUCUCAUAACAAUAAGAACAUGCUAUGCUCUGCAGAAAUUUUGUGAAGGUCCCACUUAAGAAAGAAAGAUAAAAUCUCCAGAUGAUCAGCUCUAGGAUGGUGGGCCUUUAUCAAUGGAGGAUAUUCUUAUGUUCAGGAACACAUCUCAACUGCUGAGAUUUUCCUAAUAUGUAUAUAUAGUUAUAUUUUUCUAGUGAGGAAGGUUUCUUUAAAAAAAAAAUCAACAGUUCAGUUCAUAUCAGUUAGUUUUGAAAAUAAUUAGGCAUUCUCAAUAAUUUUAAAAUGUCCUUCUGUGAAAGGCAUGGCAUUCCAUUAAAGACAGCCGCUGCCACCAGACAAAAUAGUGGCAUUUCCCUUUAGUAUGGUGAACUGUUUUAAACCAAGUUACAAAAUGCAGUUUUCCUAUCCAGUGGGCUCCAGUAUGCGCCGUCUCGGUCACAGCGUAAUGCUAGCUGCUGGCCAAUGGAUUUUGGUCUUUGGGUCAAAAUAACCUUUUUUUUGUUUUUUGUUUUAAUGGUCACUAAGGUCCUUCAAAUAGAAGGGCAUAUUUGGGUUGUAAAUUUAAAAAAAAAAAAAA